AUGGAGGUCAGUGUCCUGCUCUUCCUUGCUAUCCUUGUGGGCUUCUUACUGCUUCUAGUCAGGGGACACCCAAAAGCCCAUGGCCACCUACCACCGGGACCACAUCCCCUACCCCUCUUGGGAAACUUACUACAGUUGGACAGAAGAGGCCUCCUCAACUCCUUCAUGCUGUUUCGAGAAAAAUAUGGAGAUGUGUUCACAGUGCACCUGGGACCGAGGCCUGUGGUCAUGCUGUGUGGGACAGAGGCCAUAAGGGAGGCUCUGCUGGACCAAGCUGAGGCUUUCUCUGGCCGGGGCACAGUUGCUGUGGUUGAGCCAUUUCUACAGGGAUAUGGUGUGAUCUUUGCCAAUGGGGAACGCUGGAAGACCCUUAGGCGAUUCUCUGUGGCCACCAUGAAGGACUUUGGGAUGGGGAAGCGGAGUGUGGAGGAGCGGAUAAAGGGGGAGGCCCGAUGUCUGGUGGAGGAGCUGCAGAAAUCCCAGGGAGCCCCCAUGGACCCCACCUUCCUCUUCCAGUGCAUCACAGCCAACAUCAUCUGCUCCAUUGUCUUUGGAGAGCGCUUCGACUACAAAGAUCGCCAGUUCCUGCGCCUCUUGGACCUGAUCUAUCAGACCUUCUUGCUCUACAGCUCAUUCUUCAGCCAGAUGUUUGAGCUCUUCUCUGGCUUCCUGAAGUACUUUCCUGGUGCCCACAAGCAAAUCUUCAAAAACCUGCAGGAAAUCCUGGACUUCACUGGCCAGAGUGUGGAGAAACACAGGGCAACCUUGGACCCUAGCAAUCCAAGGGACUUCAUCGAUACCUACCUUCUACGCAUGGAGAAGGAGAAGUCCAACCCACACACGGAAUUCCAUCACCAGAACCUCAUGAUCUCUGUGCUGAAUCUCUUCUUUGCUGGCACUGAGACCAGCAGCACCACUCUCUGCAAUGGCUUCCUGCUCAUGCUCAAAUACCCCCAUAUUACAGAGAAAGUCCAAAAGGAGAUCGAUCAGGUGAUCGGCUCGCACCGUCUACCAAGUCUGGAGGACCGCACCAAAAUGCCUUACACUGAGGCUGUCAUCCACGAGAUUCAGAGAUUUUCAGAUCUCUCCCCGAUUGGUGUCCCACACAAAGUCACCAAAGACACUUUGUUCCGAGGGUACCUGCUCCCCAAGAACACUGAAGUGUACCCCAUCUUGAGUGCCGCUCUCCAUGACCCACGGUAUUUUGAACAACCAGACACCUUCAAUCCUGAUCACUUCCUGGAUGCCAAUGGGGCUCUGAAGAAAAAUGAAGCUUUCAUGCCCUUCUCUAUAGGAAAGCGCAUUUGUCUUGGUGAAGGCAUUGCCCGCAACGAAUUGUUCCUUUUUUUCACCACCAUACUUCAGAACUUCUCUGUGUCCAGUCCUAUGGCUCCUAAGGACAUUGACCUCAAUCCCAAGGAGAGUGGCCUCGCCAAAGUGCCCCCAAAGUACCAGAUCUGCUUCUUGGCCCGCUGA